ACAAUCGCGCCAGAGCGCAUAGAAUUGUCAUAUAUAGUUGUGACUUGUGCAGGGAAAAUGGGAAGAAAUAUUGCCUCUUUCCUGGAUGCGAAGGGGAUACAUGUAUAUACACGCAACAAUGGCAUACAAAGUUGGCUACUAUUAGCGCACACGGCGCGUUGAAGGAUCGUGAAUAUGAUGCCAUACACCACGAGUCCCAUAUAGUGUGCGUCUCAAGGAGUUGUAGUUGGGCCGAAGAGGACAUGACAAGGAAUAGGUCAAUAAACAGCGCACAUAAUUAAGGAUGAAAUGCCGGGGAUACUGAAUGUUCUUGAUUUUGAGCUGCGGCCAGAGCAUUUGCAUGUGAAUGGUCCUGUAUGGAAAUGAUUCGCGCAAUGCCCUGCCAGAUAAAAUACUCGGGAGACAUCUCUUGAGUGAAUUUCAGAUCUAUACUAAAUGCAUUUCACAGCACGAAUAAAUGAUUACAUUUGACCGGCGUGUAUAUAUACGGCAUAUAAUUCUGCUGCUGAUCAUUACACAGACAUACUUAUAUAUAUGCACAUACAGGCUAUAAUCAUGUAACCGGCAUUGUUACUGGUUGUAUGUACACUGGACCUUAUGAAUAAAUGAAUACGUUUGCAAACAGAUGACUGAAUGAACAUUGCGGGUCACGUGUUGCCUACGUAUACCGCUUGAUGAAUUAAUUUUCCUCUUUAAAUUAUUGAGCGGCCACUGGGAGAUGGUUUGUUGUGGAAGCGCUACGUGUGAAAUUAAACUGUCAGUGCAUAAUUCCUGUCCCCCUGUUCGCGGUCGCAUAAUGAGCCGAUGUCUGCUGUGAAGGAGCAAUCCGCGUGAAAUGUGACACUGUUGCAUAGAAUAUGAUCUCCCGUCAACACGCGGCGCGCUUCCCAUUAGUGCGCGCGAGCCGGUGAAGCAGUAUCAUUUUUCUGUCCAAUAACACGGGAGAAAUAUCCGAGUGUGCGGCUGUUGAAAACGCGGACGUUGACUACACGCACAGCAGAGUGUGCUGCUUCCCGGCGGCUGUGCCAUGAUGGACUACAUACGCCGCUUCGAUAUCCAGCUGGAUCGUGAGUGUGUAUAUCCGGGUCAAUUCUUGGGCGGUCAUGUGAUACUGGACAAUCGGGAGAACAUGAAGAUCCGCAACAUCCGGGCGACAUUGCGUGGUAAAGCGCAUGUUGAGUGGAAAGUGAUGAAGUCGGGUGAAAGACGAACAGUUAAAGAUGAUCAAUACUUUCUCGAUGACAAGAUCAUUGUGUGGGGCAAAGACAGGACGGACGAGUCGAUACCUAUCCUGCCGCGUGGCCAGCACCAGUUCCCCUUUAAAUUCCUUCUACCUGAUCCGGCCAAUCAGCCGAUGGCGUGCUCUUUCGAAAGCCGUACCGGUACCAUCCGUUACUAUGUGAAAGUGACCAUUGACAUUCCCUACGCCUCCCCACCGCAAGGUAUCAAAUACUUCACAUUAGUCGGUCCGACAAUCGACUGCAAUGAGGAUAAAUACAUGACGCCCGUCAUUGCCCAGGACAUUAAAGUGCUCUGCUGUCUUUGUUGCCGGAAAGGACCAAUUAGUUUACAUUGCACGUUGCCACGAACCGCCUAUUGUUCCGGUGAACGGCUGGAAUUCCAGGCUGAACUUAACAAUCAGUCCAAUGAAGCGGCCCAGCUCCGGCUACAGCUCUAUCAAUAUGUGGAAUACUUUAUCGAUCGCGGACCGCUGGGUGUUAGCAAGGAUGUGUGCCAUAUGGUAAUGCAGGUAUUCGGCUCCGAGGUCGAACCCGAUUCCAACUGGAAGAGCAGUUUAGACAGCGAACCCGAAAAGGACAAAUCCAAAUGGAUAAUUCCUGUGGUGCCGCCCACACUUAUUGGAGUGUGUCGUCUCAUUCAGAUAUACUAUGUGCUCAAAGUUUGUGUUGUUAUGAAAAACUCUGGCGAAGAUCUCCAUAUGGAAUUUCCUUUAACAAUUGCAACGAAACCGGCUCGAGAUAAAAACACUGGCAUUGUACCAUCAAUUUCAUACGAAGAAGCUGCGGAACAUGUUGAAGGAGGAAUGUACAUCAGCCCCGAAUUCCAAAUCGGCCAAGUGUAUGACGGUACACUGGGGUUAAGUGAAGGACCAGACGAGGUCAUUCUAUACCGACCGAGUUAUGUGAAAGUGGGCCCCGAUCGCCAACAACAAAUCGCCAGCACAUCCAAAGGUGUCAACCACAGUGCGCAUGCACAUGUCAACAAUAAUAUUAUCCAGGAAAUUCCGCCGUUCCAUCGGAAGGCCUAAAAUUGUCAGAUUGUUUUCUAGGAUUCAUUUGUAACCAGACGUGUUGCACGACUGUUUUUGUUGACAUUUUCUUGCACGAUUUGAGUAGUUAUACGAAGCACAAGCAAUGAACUCUAUUGGUACACCGUGUGUGGUAAAUGAUUAAUAUCAAAAUUCGGUUGGUAUAUGAUAAACAUGCAUUGAAAAUAGUAAAUGGCGAUCCAUUUAUUGAAAAGCUGAAAACCGCUGACAUCAUAUCAGCCGAAGUCGAGAUAAGUGCAUAUUAUGUUUCGCAGCGCGCUUCACUUGCACCAGUUAACGAAUAUUAGAAAGUGAGACGAGACUUUCUUUUAUGUGGCUUUCCGAGACGAACAAUCUCUUUGCAUCCAUUUACCGCAGUCAUAAUUAUAUCCUGGAUGGUAGUAGUAGUAAAUUAUUUGAUUAUUAGAGGUUUAAAAAUCCCUCUCGAUAGAUGUAUCAAUACGUCUCGAUACGUAUAAACCCCUCUCGAUAAAUGUACUGACCGUUCUGGCCUAACGCUUUUUUCUCAACAGUUGAAAAGCAGCAAUUGUGACUUGCUGAAACAAACUGCCUUACUACAGAAGGUCCCUUCGGUUCUCUGUCAUCAGCGCUGAAAGGAAUUUCUAUCCUUUUAUACCUCCUCACAGCACAGAUCAAUUUACGCUUUUAGACAGUGCGUAUCGAUAUCGUGCAGCAUUUGCACCUGGAAUUUCAUUUCUGCCUACAAAAUGCACAAGUUGAUGGUGGCUGGAUGCCUGUCAACAGGUCCCGGCAUAAUAAUGUUUUUAGCCUGGUUGUUUUCUAUUGCUGGAGUGAUUUCGUAUGAAGUUUUCCGAUUCCAGUAUCCGGAUUUACAUUUGGCACUGACCUCAUCGUACCCGAUCUACUCCUUUCAUGAAGUCAAUUUCAUUGCAUCCUGCGUAAUGCUGUUUCUCAUACUAGUAGGAUGGGCCGUAUUUAUGUGUACAAAUGGAUCUUCGGGCUCACGAGGCUGUGGGAAGGUCCUGCUUGGCGGUCAUUCACUCAUCUGGACGGUAUUAUUGUUGGUGUCAUCUUCGGUAAUGGUGACGCCUAACUGGCACACGUAUGGGUCAACUGAUCUGGAAGCUAUAAAGGCAUCGGGUGUGUGCGGAUUAUGUGAAAUGGGAUGCCUAAUAUUAGUGAGCAUUCCUUUUCUUACGGGAAUGAAGACAAACGCUUGCAUGGGCAGCGAAGAUUAUCAUGCAUGAUAUUGCCAGUGACGGAAUAUGGUGUACAGUAGCAGCGUAGUACGUACUUCUAUAUAUCUUUACUCGUACUUUCCAUUAUUCGCUGUACUUUCUCGAUCGUUUCUCUUUUGUUUCCGGAUUUACUUUUGGUUGUUUCUACACGGAUGCGCCGUGUCUAUAUAAGUCCGUGAGUGGCAGUAUUUUAGGUCGUCAGUUCUCUCAUUACGAGUUUUGGCAGUUUCGGAGUUCAGAAUUAAAAUAUCGUCGGA